UCUUUCUAAUAUGCAAAUCUCUCCAAUUAUCUCUACUAAAUGCUUUGAAAAAAUUAGUGAUACUCUACUUGCAUCUUCAAUUGUUAAACAACUUGUAACCCAACUUCCUAAUUCCACUAUUCUUUUUCCUUCAUUCAAUACCAAUCCUACAUCAACUACUAUUAUUCCUCACUCUCAACAUGUUCAUACAUGUGUUUUAUGCAAUAUCAAAAAUCUUCCUUAUAUUCUUUCUUAA